AUGUUAACUUUUUCGCGACGUCUGUUCCUUCUUCUUGCUGUAAUUACGUCUUCGUUUUGCACAGAGACGCACAUUGGGUCCUUUUUAAAGAGAGAGCUGAGUACCUUAAAUGCUUCGCCUUUUCAACGGUUUAGAGUCCUCUCUUCCAUUGACUGCGCGCUCCGAUGUGUAAGGAACGAGAGCUGUUUAUCUUUUAACAUGGCCUCAACGUCCAACCGUGAAGAUGGUUUACGACUUUGCGAAAUCCUAAAUGUAGAUAUUGAGAAUUCACCACAGUUGCUUUCCGAAAGCCCGCGCUUUCAUCAUUACAGUCGUGUUUGGGGCCCUUGUGAAAAACACAAAUGCCUCAACAACGCAAGGUGCAYAGUGAAUGCCAUGGCAACUGGAUACUAUUGUGAGUGCCAGCCAGGGUUCAUGGGAGUGAGCUGCGAGUCAGUCAAAUGGAUCAAGCUCAACACCAAAGAAGUAUCAUUUGGAGCUAAAGAUAAUCAGUUUGGUCCUUUCAAUAUAACAAAACCAGGAGAGCUCUUCACAAUAAAACUGGUCUGGAAAUCUGGGUACAUUACAACACAGAAAGRCCACAUAAAAACAAGAUCUCAUUGGUAUAGCAACGAUCGCAACACAGGARCUCCAGACAAMAAGCUAGGGGUCAUCAUCACCRAUACAGCAAAAAAACGUAUCCUUCCACUGAACAAAGAUGUCAUCAGUGGUUCGCAYGAGUAUUACCUACCAGGGUACAAUAGUAUGUCACCUUACAUCAUCUAUAAGAACUUUACCAGCCCUUAUAAGGUAACUGCUGGUCAGGAGUUCCAAAUAUGGUUCUCUCAAGACAUAGAAGAUGCCUUUGAAGAAUCAAAUGAUGGCACAUGCUAUGUGGAUGUCUAUGGAWUGUAUGUUUAAUUGUGGAAGUAGAYAAUUUUAGGUGUGUCAAUCAUAGACAAAGAAGUUUGAAGAAUUGUACAUUUACACCAUUGAAAAGGAUAUACAUUGAUGUAGAAAAAAUCCAAAACUGUACAUACAAAUUACAAACGUUAGCAGAUAAACGUCAUACGAAGGAAACAUUUAAACAUCUACAAAAAAGAUCAGUAAUGAAAAAUAAUCUGAACAAUGUCAAAUUCCCACUCGUAUCACUUUUACCAAUAAUUGUCYGUCCAUUGUAAAAGUCAACACCCUUUAGUUUUCACCUCAAUGAAAAACAUGGAAAAAGAGGAAMAAGAAACUUCUAAAAUAUAAGUCAUGUAGUUAACUCUA